AGAUACGAGGGGCUCGUGCAAUGUUUUGCCAGUGCGUCCUGCGGAUGUGUUAAUUGACCUAACGUGGUUGAGAUCUCAUCAGUUCGUCGCCGCAGAGAGCCAAAGACUACAGAAGAUCUUGCUGUGUCCACAAUGUGUGAUCUGGUGGCAGGUGUGUACAGGCUUCGAGUGCGAUGAGUACUGCCUACGCAAAAGAUCACUCUCUACGUAACGGUCAACGGCGGGGACAGAGCUAUUAAUUACAUCCGCGGGGGAGAUAGCUAUCUCCCCGCGGAUGGAUGGGGAGAGCUGCCCGAAGACGCACAUAGGCGCUCACGAUUGGUUCCGGAGCACGCCCAGCUAGCCUGACUCUGUACCUGGAGAGCGAUUGAAGAGGCACCUCCACAGCGACCGAGGAGCUGAGAGCUGCCAAAGAGACUGACUAUCCGAGGAAGGACCAGGACGCCCUGAGGGAGAGAGAGAGAGAGAGAGAGAGAGGGUACACGCGAGAGUGGGUACACGUGAGAGGGCAUUUACCGGGGGAGAGGCACUGACGACAGGACGACGACACGUCGUGGCUCAAACCGUACGAGCAGGCGCACGUGCACACAGCACAGCAGUCCUCCACUGAUGACACCUUUGUGUGUUGGGACGCUCAGACCGUUCCCUCACCGAUGACGUCGCAGGCUGACGGCCGCCAUCAGACCGAGAGCGAUGAGCCCAGCGGCCCUCCCCCCUGCCCCUCGCUGCAGAGGCUCGCCAUCAAGAAGUCCGCUGAGAUGGCCAUGUCGACUGACGUUCAGCAACGGGCGGCGCUGCGCGCGCAGAUCCGCGACCUGCCGGCUCUCGACAAGGAGACGAUGUUGCGGCUCGUCAGGGAGCACGUUGAGGACGCGAUGAGUCUUCUGGUGGUGCAAGACGCCUUGGCCGUCACGAUUGGCGAUGUGGAGAGCGGCUUGAAGGUCUUCCACUUGCUGGAGCUCGGCAGUGAGGAGUGGCGGGCCAUGGGGCGGUUCCUUCGUCUGGCGAAUAUCCACCAGCUGACGCCCGACACCGGUCUGCCUCUGGUGCUGAAGGCGCACUCACUGCCUGACCCGGAAGCCUUCCACCAGCUGCCCCUCGCCAUGGCCAUCUAUCGCCUGUUCGGCCACCUGCUCAGCAGAGAAGGGAUCACACUGCGGGGCGCCCGAGUCGGCGGACUGAGACUGGCGCUGCUGCAGGCCGAAAACGGGGCCUAUCGUAUCGGCUGGCGGCAACGAGGUGUUGAGUUCCGUGUGGUGCCACUGGGUGAGCUGCCUGCCGGCCAUCCCUAUGGUGAGGGCUACAAGCGGACCGACCCCGUCAUCCGACACCAAGGCGGGUUCCCACUGGGCGGGCUCUACCCCUCGUUCACGGCAUUCCUGCUGCGCGGGCUGCUGGGCUGGGGGAACCCAAUGGUGAGCAACGCGAUGAGCGUAGACCUCGGCAAUGAUGCCGGUCGCUAUCGCUCCUUGCUCGCUGCCGAUGUCAGCGAGAGUGACGGCAUCGUCACAGAAUGUCGCAGCGACGACAGCAUGGAUGCGCCCCCUGACUACUGUCUGCUGAUCAGCGGCUUCCGCCCCACAGAGACCGUCGCCGCCUCUAUGUGCAUCAGAUUCUCCUAUUACGAUCCGAUUCAUGCCGAGCUCUGCACGACCGAGUGGCGGAGAGGUCGUUACUCUGAUCCGCUCCAUCUCCGCUUCCCCGUCUCGGUUCCUCUGUGGCGGAGUGCGGUGCAGCGAUUCGGUCUUGAGGAUGACAUCGUCAUCGACACCUAGCGGGCAACCGACCGGUGAGUGGCUGGUGUGAUGUGCUGGUGAUGGAGUGAGGGGUGCGCUGGCCUUUGUCGAAGGGACGCGCUGUCUGUCGUUUCUUUCUCUUGAAUGUGCGUGGUUAAGAGGGCUCGUGAGUGUGCGUGUGUGUAUGUGUCUGCCUGGGGCCAUGCUGCCUGCCCAGGAUCGGUGGAGUGUGUAGAUAGUGAACGGCCGUGUAUGUGUACGUGUAUGUGUGUAUGUGUGUGUGUAUGUGACGUGCGUCACGGCGGACCCUCGUACCUUGAUGUGACGUGUCUGCCAGCUGGGUUUCUGUGUGUAUGUAUGGGUGCGGACGUGAUAGCAGG